AAAAAUAACAAAUUGCCUGUGCAUGUCUGAAAUUGAUAUUACCUCUCAAGAGAAUACUCUCGAAUUACCUAAAUUUGAGGAAACCCUCCCUGAUUUUAAACCUGAACCUCGUAAAGACCUCAAGUAUGAAAUUAAACACGAGCCCAAAUCCUCAUUUGGUCAAUCAUCCAAAGACCUUAUUGAAUAAUACAAAAGUAAAUUUAAUGCCUUCAAACAAUUGGCAGAGGAUCAACAGCCUUUAGCUUAGGAACCAUCUGUCAUUGAAAAAUCAGAGAAAUCUGACAUUUGGAGAAGCGAUGCUGAAAUUCUAAAAUCUCCCAAAGAAUGGGAUUGGAAUAUUUUGGGAUCCAAAAAGGCUUCAACAACCAGUAAUCAAAUUCAAUUUGAUGUCCAUGUACCAGAUCCUAUAGCUUGUGAAUAGGAACACAAAGCAUAAAUUGCCUAACAUAGACAAAUGAUUUUGGGUGUAUUAGACCAGAGAAUUGAGCCAGGUUUAAAAUUGCCAUAAUCCCAUUAACCUUAGAAGCCAGUUGUUGGCGAGUAACAUUCCAAUUAUUAAAACAUUUUGGAAAAGUUCAGAAGUGCUUCUUCCUUGGAUGAUUUGACAACCUUAUUCAAUACUGUUUAAUAAAGAAAGGUAGUUGAUUAGGCAGCACCUUAAUAAUAAUAGUCAGAGGAUCUGUUCUCUAAUCUUGAUAUCAGAAGAAACAAGAAGGCUGAGACCCAAAUCCAAUAGUACAAAACACCUAGUAAAUCAUAAGAGGAAAUCUUUGAAUAUGGUUCAGGAAACAGGACAACCUCUUUCUUCUAAAAGAAGCCAUCAGCCUAAAAGCAAUUGCUCUAAAGUCCAAGUUUGGGCAAUCAGUUCAACUAUAGAUCUGAUUAAUCAGUAACUUCUAAGGUCACUUAAAAUAUGAACUUCCAAGUUGAUGUCAAGGAUCAUAGUAAGACCAGUAAGAGAAAGGAAGAGCUUCAAAGCUUCAUGGGUAAAUUAGGUUUGGGUAAAUACGACACUCCUAAAGUGGUGAUCAAUUUGGAGAGUAAUUCUCAGAGCAGUAAGCAAUUUAUAAAUAUAAGUAGAUUCCACAAUAGACAGAAUGAGACAGUAUGUAAAUGGAACUCCAAUGAGUGCUAGAAAGAGUGGAGGAGGUUUGGGAGAUUUGAUUAAUGAGCGAUCUUUAAAUACAACAACAUUCAAGUAGUAAAUAAAAUCAUAUCACAAAUCUGGUUCGAAAUAGGAAGCAUCAGGACGAAUGAGUGCAGAUACUCAAAAUUUGUCAGAACAAUCACUUAGAAAUUUGCAUCUGAAAUUGGUACACUAAUAGAAGAAUGGAAUAGGAAGUUCUGGAUUAAAAUAUGCCAGAUGCUGAUUGAAUAUAUACUUUUUUAUAUAUCUGAAUUAUCUAUA